AUGGCUCACCCACUUUUCCUACCUGGAAAGUAUUUUUUCUAUCCGAUUGGCAACACCUCGGCCGUUUGCCUCACACGGGAUGUGUCUCCCGAAGAAUCUGCCGAUAUUUUGUUGCUCGGAUGUGGCGAUCCUCGAAGUGUUUUGUAUACCAUCUUUUCGGAGCCACAAGCAGCAUCUCGGCACCUGGAUUUUACAUGCUGUGACUUCGACCCGGGAAUUCUGGCCCGUAAUGUACUGCUCUUUACGCUGAUCGCCGAUCGCCAACCAGCGAUGGGGGUGGUAUGGAACAUUUUCUUUCACAUGUAUCUCGAUAAGGCCUCGCACACGGUCCUAGUUGAUCAGUGCAAAAAACUAUUAUCCAUCUCCGACACGCUCCAACGUUGGGCGUCUUCAUCGUAUGGAUCUUAUCUGAAGAUGGGAACUGAGUACACGCUCUCAGAAGUCCGGCGUCAUUGGUCGCUCUACGCAGGCAUGCAGGACCUACCACCAGCGCGCCUGAAAGCUAUCACGACUGCAUUCAGCAGCACGCGCAAAGGGACAUUGGAGAAGCAUAGUGGCUUGCUAAUCAGUCCAGCACGUUCUGCUGGGCCCCUCAUGAUGCUUGCAAUUCCAGUAAUGUCCGAGCAUUUCAAACGCUACUGGAAGACUGGGCUCUCAUUGUCUGACCAGAAGCAGGCCGACUCUGCGACUCUGGUGAACCCCACGUUCGCGUAUUCUCUUGGAGGGGAAGGCUUUAAUGUACACUAUGGUACGGAUCCUCUAGUUCCAUUCCACCUCGCUUCUGUGUUUGGCAACGCCAAAGGCACUGCAUCCGUUGUGGACGUUGUAAAGGCCGCCAAAUCCGAAUUCAAGGACUGGUGUGACGCUUAUGAGGCGCGCGUUUCUCCAGAUGAUCGUAACCCCCCCGUGGUUCGGUUUAUCUUAGGCGAAGUCACCGCUGUGUGUCGAGCCUUCCAUGCCUUCACGUCCACGGGGACAGUGAAGUCUGAAGUGCCCGUUGCACAGUGGAAGACACAGAUAUUGAAAUUGAACGAGGAAGACUAUAUCUCCGGUGGAGCUCCAUCGAAAUUUCAUGUGAUAGAGACCUCCAACCUCAUCGACCACGUUGGACUACUCAAUAUCAUCGUCGCUGCAGCUCCCCUUCUAUCAACCUCUGGAUCUCCGGGGGUGUUGUACACCGAGUCCCUUCUCUUCCGUGGGGAAGAUGCGACGAAGGAUUUUACAGAGCAGCUGUAUGCGAACCUCACGAUUGUGGGUAUGCUUGUCGGGCUCUAUCCUACCGACUAUCUGUCAGGAUUCACCUCGCGGUCAAACACACAUGAGCUGAUGGCGUACAUGGUUGUCAAAAAGGAUACGACGCAGUUUCAUCAGGUCACGACGUGGAAAUCCCCAAUUUAUGCGGAUGCGAUUGCGGGUCGCUACGGAACGCAAUAUCGCCCUCCUAUCUUCGACCCUCUCCAGCUCGGUACAUUCUUAUAUGACAUGUAUCACCAGAUUUUCGAGCAAGAAGAUGCGAUGAAUUGGUGGAAGCGCAAUCAGAACAACAUGCGAAAUGCCCUAGCUAGUUCAGUAAUCAUUCACUAUAUGCGCGAGAGCUUUGCUCUCUUUCUCAAAUUGGUCCGGACUACUCUCCGCACACCGGAUGAUCGGUGGCGGAUAGUUAUGAAUCGGUUUUUCGAUCUCAGGGAGGAAGACAAGUCUCUUCCGAUGGACUCAAACAACUCACAGGACCUUUUUGGGCAGCUGAUGCGCUAUGGCAUAUACACCGCGCCCUACCUGAGCGAUUCCCCGCCUCGCAUUGGUCUCUUCUCACAGUGGGAGACCGUGCCUCCUCUUGUGCGCAUCAUCCUCACCGUCCCGCGCGAGAAGUUGGCCUUGCUAUAUGACACCCUAGACCAGGUUGGGACGCCUCCUCUCCAAUGUGACCUCCGGGGACAGUGGAGUCACAAUAUCUUUACAGCCGUGCAUGCCGCGUUUGGGACUGCUAUUCGGAUGGGUACGGUGGCGAAGCCGUGGGUGAUGUUCAAUGAAGAUCCGGAUGGAUGGAAAGGCUCCUCGCCCCUCGUCGUGUCCUUCACGGUUGCCACACCAUUCUUGACUGAUAUCGAACCUCAGACGAAUCUCAAUGUCCGCUUUGGUGUGCGCAGUACGCCGGGGACAGUAAUUCUAAUUCAAAAGCUGGGAUUUGAUCUCAUUAUUUUCUCUGGGAAGUUGCUAGAUGAAGCUUCAGUGUUAGUCAUCCCAGAGCCUUCGGUUCCAUUCAGGGCCCCACGAGUUGUCCCGCCCACAUCUUCGAUUUCAGACACAAUUCAAGCUGCUCAGAUAGGUACGGCGGAAGAUGUAUCAGUACAGCUUGAUGAACAGUGUGAGCUGGUGGAGUCCAUGACGUGUCGUGUCAUCGUCGAGGAUUCCGAAGUCAAGGGCGUAUUCACAACUGGGACCAACCCGCAAGUUGAGCAGGUAUCGCCAUGUGUGAUGAGGCUCAUGAUAGCGGGUCACAGCCAAGAUAUUGUGUAUCCAUUUCCUGUCAUCGGAAGUAAGAAUAGAUGCCGUCUUGCACGCAAAUCGCUAUAUAUUGAGGUCGUCGUUCCGGCGUCAGGCCCUUUCAAGGAUGACGGAAUGCAGUAUAAUCCUUAUCCAAUGAUCGUGCGAAAUGAGAGUGCAAGCAUUUGGAGCGUCCAUCGUGUCAAUCUCUCUCGUCUCCCUGUUCUCGGCAUCAAGAAUUCUAAAGACCUAUAUCAGUGGCUCAACCCACAUGUCGGUUCCAUGAUGUCGAAGCGCGAACGUUCAGCGCGGAAGAAGAAUCAAGAUGAUACGUUGAUGUUCGUCAAGGACACCCUACAUACAAUUAUGGUGCGUGCCUCUGGCAUCCAGCAGGGGCCUUCGCGGCGGCUAUUUGCGCUUGUGGACAAGGCCACAAAGAAUAGCGACACCGUCAUAUUCAUUAAUGACAUCAGGUUUGAUCAGCCUUCGCAUACCGUAGUUUACGAUGGUUAUGUGCUCGCCCUCACGCACGAUCUGCUGGCGAAGAUAGAGUCGAAUUUCGCUAAGCUCGUCACGCAAGGUGAUAUUGUCAACGUUGCGAUGUUUGGUAAGGAGGUGCAGGCGUGGAAGCAGCUCUUACCUGUAUUCGUUGAGCGCUGCCGUACGUCAUGGGUGCAUGGAGCCAAUUGCGAGUACAAGUCCCAAGGCCGGAUCCCGCUUUCGGAGGACAUGGAGAACGACCCACUGUGCAGUUGUGGCCGAGGAAUAGAUACGGACGGGAUGACCAAGGUGAACCUCUGGAGACCAUUCGCGCCAUACGUGACCAGGAUUGCACUCUCUCCGUUAUUCGCAGUCUCGUACUUGGAGACCGUGGGUCGCGAUCCUUCCGCGCAUAAGUGCUUUGUGUGUCGAGGAAAGGGAAAGCCGAGGCUCCUUGCAUGUAAGGGAUGUAUGAAAGUACGCUACUGUUCGGAGGCGUGCCAGAAGAAACACUGGAAGGCGCACAAGGCUAACUGCAAGCGGUGA